AUGGGGUGCAGACGCACAAACACAAGCUCACCAGUGAGCUGGCUUCUGUACCCAUCUGUUAGGGUCCGGUACUGGGACCUCGUGCUGCUCAUCCCCAACGUGCUCUUCUUCAUCUUCCUGCUCUGGAAGCUUCCGUUGGCUCGGGCCAAGAUCUGCAUCACCUCCAGCCCCAUUUUUAUCACCUUCUAUAUCCUGGUGUUCGUGGUGGCGCUGGUGGGUAUCGCCCGGGCCGUGGUGUCCAUGACGGUCAGCACCUCAGAUGCUGCAACUGUUGCUGAUAAGAUCCUGUGGGAGAUUACACGCUUCUUCCUGUUGGCCAUCGAGCUGAGUGUGGUUAUCCUGGGCCUUGCCUUUGGUCACUUGGAGAGCAAGUCAAGCAUCAAGCGAGUGCUGGCCAUCACCACAGUGCUUUCCCUGGCCUACUCUGUAACUCAGGGGACGCUGGAGAUCUUGUACCCUGACACCCACCUCUCAGCUGAGGACUUCAACAUCUAUGGGCACGGGGGCCGCCAAUUCUGGCUGGUCAGCUCCUGCUUCUUCUUCCUGGUGUACUCUCUGGUGGUGGUGCUCCCCAAGACCCCACUAAAGGAGCGCAUCUCCCUGCCUUCGCGGAGGAGCUUCUAUGUGUACGCAGGCAUUCUGGCGCUGCUCAACAUGCUGCAGGGGCUGGGGAGCGCCCUGCUUUGCGCGGACAUCAUUGAGGGGCUCUGUUGUGUGGACGCCACCACAUUCCUCUACUUCAGCUUCUUCGCGCCUCUCAUCUACGUGGCCUUUCUCCGGGGCUUCUUUGGCUCAGAGCCCAAGAUCCUCUUCUCCUACAAAUGCCAAGUGGAUGAGACCGAGGAACCGGAUAUGCACCUGCCCCAGCCCUACGCUGUGGCCCGGCGUGAGGGCCCGGAGGCAGCAGGAGCUGCCAGUACACAGUUUGACUCGGCUGGCGGGGUGGCCUACCUGGAUGAUAUCGCUUCCCUGCCCUGCCACACUGGAAGCAUCAAUAGCACGGACAGUGAGCGCUGGAAGGCUCUCAAUGCCUGAAUGUGGCUGCCCUGGCUGGAGGGCAUGCUGGGGCCUAUGGAGGACAGACUGGAGAGGAGGCCAGAGCACAGAGUUCCCAGGGGAGGAGG